AUGCUGUCCAUCACACCUCAAGGAGACCACCACAGCCAGUCCCUCUACCUGCCCUUUAGAUCGCUGUCCUCCCCGAGCCGGCCCGUCGACGACUUGCCCUUCCUCAGCUCCCUCGCCAGCAGCAUGGGCCACAGCCUCCACGUUGGUAACACGUCGGCGACGGCAGUGUCUAUCAAGGACGCCGCCAGCGUCGCCCAAGCUCUCGAAAUCGCCAGGGAGAGCCCCGAUGGCGCUUCAGAUCCGACUGUUAGCAGCAUCCUGGAGAGCGCUAUCAGUCAGAUCUGGUCCAAAGUAACCGCGCAACCCGAGUCGUAUGUCAUGAACCGCGAUGAGUUUGCCGUCUUCAACUACUUCCAGCACCGCUUUACUGGCAACAAGAUUGCCAUGGCCGCGCGAAAGCGCUACUGGGACAACGCCCGCGCGUGA